UUUGGGCUCCAGUUGGCCCAGGGGGCUGCAAAAAGUACCGCUCCUUUUGGGCGCCCGUCUCUUUCGGCCGCGCCCGCCUCCCGGGUGCUCCUGCCUUGUCCCAAACACCGCGCGGCGACGGGGGAAGCGAUGGGGCGCGAUGGCAGCGACGCCGAGGGGCCGCCCGCUCGGCACAGGGUGACGGUGGACCUACCAGCUGCGGUUCUUGGCAUGAUCGGCUUCCUGAGCGAGGUGGACGAGUGCCCGAGCUUGUACCUGAACCAGGACGUCCUGGCGGAGGCCGUCCGACGCUACGAGCGGCUGUGGCUGCCGCUGGUGGCGGGCCUCGAGCCCGCACUGCAGCGGGCCCUGGUCCCCCCGCUCGACGUGGAGUGGGCGUGGCACUGCCACAUGCUGGCCCCCCUGGCCUACCGCCGCGACGUCUCGCAGGUGCUCGCUCGCGCGGGCGGGCAGGCAGCGGCGGCGGGAGUGGACCACGCCGUGCUCACGGGCAGCGCGCGCACCGACGGCCUCUCGCGGGCCAGGGCGCUGUGGGAGGAGGCGCACCCCGGCGAGGCGUUCGACGUCCGCGAGGCCCUGGCGAGGGCCCCGCUCCGGGCGGAGCGCGGCGGACAGCCGCGCGGCCUGCCCAGCAGCAUCUCCUACGACAUUGCCGGGGCCGCGGGCAGGCAGAUGGCGUUCCACUACCAGGUGGCCGUGCUGCCGCACUACAGGGACGCGCAGUUCCUGCGCGAGGCCGCCGACAGGUAUGCGGGCAGGUACCUGGAGCUCCAGCGGCGCAGGCCAGAGGGGUUUUGGGUCCCCUCCUACGACAUCGACGCCUGUUGGCACGCCCACAUGCUGCACCCGGCCCGCUACGCGGCAGACACCAUCUCCCUCUGCGGGAAGGUGGUGCCUCACGACGACAGCGUCAACGACCGCGCCGAGGGUUCAAAGCUGCGCAGAGCUUGGCAGGAAACGCAGCAGGCGUGGAAGGAAGAAUUCGGCGACGGCCCGUUCGCAGCCGGGGGCAUGUUCCGUGGCAGCCCCUCCGAGGAGGAGCUCCAGGCCGGGCUUGGCUGGCAGCCGCCUCGCGUGAGCGGCGCCGAGCUCCGCGCCGCUGCGGUGCAGGAUGAGCCGGGCGAGGCCUGCCUGGUGGGCGCCAAGUCGCUCCACUCCGCCGAGUUCGUGGACGCGGCGUGCGGCGUCGGUGCCUCCUCCCUGAGCUCCACCGUCGAGCGGCUGCGUUGGCUGACGCCCACCGGGGACACAGCCCUCCACGCUCGCACAGUGCACUGGGCGGCGGGGCAGCGGCGGGGGCGGCCCCCAAGCCGGGGCAGCUUCUGCGAGCUGCGCGCCCCGUCCGCGGGGGCCGCCGCGGGAGGCCCACCCGUGGCCACGGCGCACCAGGUCUGGGAGUGCCAGCUCCCCAGCCCAGGCCAGCUCGCAGACCCGACGGCCUCUGCCACGCUCGACUGCGGGAGUGGUGAGGCGGCCUUCCUGCUCCGAGCCGCUGGCCGCGACCUCGCGGUGGUCUCCGGGCGCUGGCGGGGCGGCAGCCGCAAGGGGUGCCGAGGGGAGCUGCAGGCCUUCCUCACGAUGCUGCAGGGCCCCGAGUAUGGCAAGCGCCUGGAACUGGCGUCGGCUUCCCCGAUGGGCGUGUCCACGUUCGACCUGCCAGCCUUGGGCGGCGCCCGAGCCUGCUGCGCUGCCGCUGGCUGCCAAGUGACUGCUGGGGGCGGCGGCGCACUCUUGCCCGCCGCCCUGGUCGCGCAUGCGCUGGCGAUGCUGCGCGCGCAGGUGCAGCCGCACUCGGGCGCCGACGCGCGGUUCCUCUGGGCACACAGCCCAGCCUGCACGGGCCGCGGCAAGUUCCUCUCGGCGGCCGGCGGGCCGGCGCUCUCGGCGGCCUGCCUGGCGGUGGCGCUCGGGCUGCUUGCGGUGGGCGCCGCUGCGGGCGCCGCCGCUGGCCUGCUCGCGCCUCCCCGACUUGCAGGGGGCCGCCCGGCCGGAGGCGGGGACGCGGAGGCGGUCUUGGCUGCCCCGCGGAUGCUCCAGGAGGCGGAGGUUGACGUGGGGCUGAUUAUCGGCGGCUCCUUCGUGGUGGGGGUUUUGGGGCUCAAGUGCUACUGCUGCCUCAGGAAGAAGUGGUGCGCGGGCGGCGGCGGGGGUGGCGGGGGCAGAGGCGGCGGCGGCAGCGGCGGCAGCGGCGGGGGCGGAGGCGUGUGGGGAUUCGGCGGCGGCUGCGGCGGAGGCGCGG